AUGGCAGUUCUCGAGACAUACAAUGGGUAUCCAUUGUGGAGGUAUAUCCCCUCAUUACCAGCAGCAGCAGUUUUCGUCGCCGUCUUUGUCAUUUUGACGGUCGCCCAUGCAUGGAAGAUGAUACGCUAUUCUAUGUGGUUCUGUAUCCCUUUUUUCGUUGGUGGCUUUUUCGAGGUCGUUGGAUAUGUAGGCCGAGCCGUCGCUCACAACGCGACAGGGGAAUUAAUCCCAUACGUUCUCCAGUCGACUUUCCUGCUCUUGGCACCGAUUUUGUUUGCCGCAUCUCUUUACAUGACAUUGAGCAGAGUUAUUCGGGCGGUUGAUGGCGCUCAUUGCUCUAUCAUUCCUCCCCGGUGGCUGACGGUCAUCUUUGUCGUUGGUGAUUGCAUCAGCUUUAUCGUCCAGGCCACCGGGGCGGGAUUACGAAUCAUGGCCGGGCAGGGGAAAUCCGAUAUCGAUCCCAACCUAGGCUCUUACAUCAUCGUGGGCGGUUUGAUCUUCCAGAUAAUUGUAUUUGGAAUUUUCAUUUUCACCGGCUUACGCUUCCACGUCCUGUUUCAAAAGGACCCUGCGGCGAUACGUGCCGAGAGUAUCCCGUGGCAAGGUAUUCUCUACAUGUUGUUCAUGACUUCGGCUGCCGUCAUGAUGCGAAAUAUCUUUCGUGUGGUUGAGUAUGCGAUGGGCGCUGAUGGGUAUCUCUUCACCGUUGAAUGGGGUGUCUAUGCCUUUGAUGCAUCACUCAUGACGAUAACGAUGGCCCUUUUCUGGGUGUGGUACCCUUCUCAAUUGAAGCCUGCCCUUGAUAAUGGCGGUUUAGAGAUGGGGGCUAGGCCAGAGAGGCGUGAACCAUGGAGCAAACACAAAGCUCGGGGACACAGGCAGAGACGGAUUUAA